GAGAAACCAAAGGCAAAGGAAAAAAUACCAUUAUGUCUGCCAGAAAGCUGGAACAAGGGGGAAGGUCUGGGGUUUGAUGGAAUAGGAGGAUUUGGCUUUGGUCUGCGUGGUACAAUCAGACUCCCUUCAUUUAAGGUGAAGAGGAAAGAACCUCCUGAAGCUGCACUUGGGGGAGAACAGAAGAGAAUUCGUCCGUCACCUUCAGUAGAUGAGGAAGAUGAAGAGUGUGAACGUGACAGAGAUGCUCUGGGUACGCCCUCAGAUCCAGCCAAAAAAGAUGCAGACCCUGUUAAUAUCCACAGAAAACCAGCAAGACCUCUGACCAGUGAGGGUGAAGAAGAAGCAGAAAGCGACGGUGAACAGGAGACUUCUUAUAAGGAAGAUGCUUUGUCUGAGAAAGAUGAAGAGCAAGAUAGCAACUCAGUUUUAGAUCUGUCCAGUAAAGAACAGCCUUUUAUUGAAGAUGAUGAUCAGUCAUCAUCGUCAUCAUCGGAGUCAGAUGAUGAGGAGACCAGUGGGAAGGAGGAG